UAAAUCCUGUACUUUUUAUUUGAUCUGAAUACAUGAGUAUGCACAUAAUUUGUGUGAGUGUGUGCGUGUUUAACUAUCCUUGUGUGUAACAGAAGUCCUCACAAGGAUAGUAAAACAACAAACAUUCAGACAAUUUUGCUGGUCGCCACAAGGGAAAAUUAUAUUUGAGGAUACAGACAGCUGAAGAGCUGUCGUGUAAUGGUAGUGAAAUAGUCAUCAUUGCUUGAAGCGCAUAGUAAAGAAAGCAUGGCUGCCAGUCGGGUACUCGUAUACGGAGGAAGAGGUGCACUGGGUAGCAAAAUUGUUCAGCACUUCAAAUCUAAAGGAUGGUGGGUAGCCAGCAUCGAUAUCGUUGCCAGUGAGGAGGCAAACGCGAACGUGCUGGUGAAGUUGUCGGAGUCAUUUACUGAGCAAGCAGGACAGGUGACAGCAGAUGUGGCCCAGUUGCUAGGGGACCAGAAAGUGGAUGCCAUCUUGUGUGUGGCAGGCGGAUGGGCUGGAGGAAAUUGCAGCUCCAAAGACCUGUACAAAAACACAGACAUGAUGUGGAAGCAGAGUGUGUGGACCUCUACCAUAUCUAGCCAUCUGGCUGCUGUGCACCUGAAGCAGGGUGGACUACUGACUCUGGCUGGGGCUAAAGCAUCACUGGGUGGUACUAGUGGCAUGGUGGGCUAUGGCAUGGCCAAGUCAGCAGUCCACCAGCUCUGUCAGAGUUUAGCAGGAGAAGACAGUGGGAUGCCCCCUGGAGCUGUGGCAGUUGCCAUACUACCGGUAACCUUGGAUACUCCAAUGAACAGGAAGUUCAUGCCUGAUGCAGACUUUGGUUCCUGGACACCACUGGAGUACAUUGCAGAAACUUUCUUCAGUUGGGCCACCGGUGCGGAUCGUCCAGCAUCGGGAAGUCUGAUGCAGCUCACCACCACCGGAGGCAAGACACAGGCCCUACCCACACAAUAAGACACAUUUCCUACCCACAUAAUAAGACACAGGCCCUACCCACACAAUAAGACACAUUUCCUACCCACAUAAUAAGACACAGGCCCUACCCACACAAUAAGACACAUUUCCUACCCACAUAAUAAGACACAGGCCCUACCCACACAAUAAGACACAUUUCCUACCCACAUAAUAAGACACAGGCCCUACCCACACAAUAAGACACAUUUCCUACCCACAUAAUAAGACACAGGCCCUACCCACACAAUAAGGCACAUUUCCUACCCACACAAUAAGGCACAUUUCCUACCCACACAAUAAGACACAGGCCCUACCCACACAAUAAGACACAGGCCCUACCCACACAAUAAGACACAGGCCCUACCCACACAAUAAGACACAGGCCCUACCCACACAAUAAGACACAGGCCCUACCCACACAAUAAGACACAGGCCCUACCCACACAAUAAGACAUAGAAACUACCCACACUAUAAGACAUAGAACCUACCCACACUAUAAGACAUAAUAGGCCCUACACCCCUAAUCAGACACAGGCCCCACCCACAAAAUAAGACACAGGACCUAACAACACAAUAAGACACAGGCCCUACCCACAAAAUAGGAGACUGACCAGACUGACCAGGUGAAUAUAGGUAAAAGCUAUGAUCCCUUAUUGAUGCCACUUGUUAAAUCCACUUCAAUCAGUGUAGAUGAUGGGGAGGAGACCGGUUAAAGAAGGAUGUUUAAGCCUUGAGACAAUUGAAACAUGGAUUGUGUGUGUGUGCCGUUCAGAGGGUGAAUGGGCAAUAACAAGUAUUUAAUUGCUUUUGAACGGGGUAUGGUAGUAGGUUCCAGGCGCACCGGUUUGUGUCAGGAACUGCAACACUUAACAGUUUCCCUUGUGUAUCAAAAAUGGUCCACCACCCAAAGGACAUCCAGCCAACUUGACACAACUGUGGGAAGCAUUGGAGUCAACAUGGGCCAGCACGCUUUCGACACCUUGUAGAGUCCAUGCAUCGACAAAUUGAGGCUAUUUUGUACAGUCAGUGUAUGUGACCUUAUAGAAAUGUAAGCAAGGUUUGAAAUUAUUAUGUUUUAGUCAAAUAUUAUAUCUGUUUGGACUUCUUGUGGUCGAUUUACCGUCGAUAAAUGGCUGAAUAUAGUUGAUUAUUCCUGGUAUAGAGAGAUGGAGAGGAGGGAGGGGAAGGUAGGAGAGCGGGGACGGUAAGACAAAUAUGCCCACAAUACCAUCUAGUGGUAGAAUGAAUCAGUUGCAGAGGAAACAUGAACCUCAAGUACAUUUACUUAUUUUGAAUUAUUUUGAUCCAGUUUGAGAUUGAUGAAAAUGAGUAAGCCGCUGUCUUAAUGUCAAACGCACAAUACAUUUCAGUGGAGUUGCGAUACUCUGUGUCUUGUGCCGAGUGUACCCAAUAUGCGUGUGAAUGUUUGGUUGAAGAUGUACUGUCUAAGUACUAUUAUCAAUAUCUCAUAACAAUUUUUUUUAAAUGUUGUGCUGUUUGAUGUGGUUUUACCUCCUUCUGAUUCAAUGUGAAUAAAAAUCCACAUUAAUCACAA